AUGGGUGCUCGCCAUCUGAGGAGCACCAGCUUUGCUAGCAGGUAUCUGAUCAGCACCCAAGCUGUAUCAUUGCAGCGCACACGCAGACCCGGCUUCUUCAUGGGUCGCCCACAGAACCCAGCUUGGUCUGCUCUGAGCAAUGGCUGCUCGAGACUGACCAUGCUCGCAAGACACUUGGCCACAAGUUCUCAACAGAAACAGACUGAUGAUGAUGAACUGCCUUUGAAAGGAAUUCUCGUAGUCAGUCUCGAGCAAGCCAUAGCCGCCCCGUUCUGCACACGGCAGUUGGCAGACCUCGGCGCCCGCGUUAUCAAGGUUGAGCGACCGGUAGUGGGGGACUUUGCCCGAGAUUACGACUCGAGAGUCAAUGGCAUGUCCUCGCACUUUGUCUGGUCGAACAGGUCCAAGGAAAGCCUGGCGCUCAAUCUAAAGGACCCAAAGGAUCUGUCGGCCCUCCGGAAAUUGAUCGCAAAGGCCGACGUUUUGGUGCAGAACCUGGCGCCGGGCGCGACAGACCGUCUAGGAUUGUCCUAUGAAAAACUACGAGAAAAGCACCCUUCGCUCAUCGUGUGCGACGUGUCAGGCUAUGGCGACAGCGGGCCGUACCGUGACAAGAAGGCGUACGAUCUUCUAGUCCAGAGCGAGGCUGGUAUGCUAUCCGUCACGGGUACGGACCAGGAGCCGGCAAAGGUCGGCAUCUCCAUUGCUGAUAUUUCCGCUGCCAUGUAUGCGUACACCAACAUACUGGGAGCGCUCAUGAAGCGCAACAAGACGGGCAAAGGCUGCCGGAUCGACAUAUCCAUGCUCGAGAGCAUGGCCGAGUGGAUGACCUUUCCGCUUUACUACACAUAUCAAGGCCAGCCGGGUCCCAAGCCUGUUGGUGCUUCUCAUGCGGCAAUCUAUCCAUACGGGCCCUUUGACACGGGUGGAAGGGGUUCUGUGAUGCUGGGGGUUCAGAACGAAAGGGAAUGGGCUCGACUAUGUGCCGAGGUCCUAGACGACCCGACGCUUGCAACCGACGUGCGAUUUGCAAGCAAUCUCAAGCGGGUCGAGAACCGCGACGCGCUCAAGAAAAUUAUGCUGGACAAGUUUGCCAGCCUCUCGGCGGAUGAGGUGAUUGCGCGACUGGACGCCGCCGGCGUGGCCAAUGCCAAGGUCAACGACAUGGCUGGGGUCUGGGAGCACCCACAACUCAAGGCUCGAGGGAGAUGGACCGAGAUUGAGACGCCAGCCGGCCGAAUACCGGCCCUGCUUCCACCGGGUGCGGCUCGGCCUUCGCAGGUCCGCAUGGAUCAAGUGCCGUCUAUCGGCCAGCACAACCGGGCUAUUCUGCAAGAACUAGGCAUAGAUAAUUCAAAUUGA